AUGUACGGAAACUUUCAACGGAUUCCUUAUCCCACUCACAAGAGUCCCAUGGACGGCGACACAGCCCAUCGGGACCUUGACUGGGUAUACGCCUCUCAAACCGAUCGCAUCUACGUUUUACAGGUUGGCGAGUUUGGCGUUACGCGUCAGCAGAAGCUGCACCUCCUACAAAACGACUUUUGGCCCGCCCUAGCCCGCUGGGUCAUCUCGAGGCAGCUGGUUCUGCCUGGCGGCACCAUCCUUGGCGGCUGGUGGCGCGCCGACAUGCAGGGGAUGAUGGACUGGUAUCGCGAGUGCCUUCACAUGACGGCCCGCUGGGAAGACGCCAUCAUCGCGCACACAGACGGCAUCUGGAGGACGGCGCUGGAGACUUCGCCGUGGCGGGACUGGCCCGAGUUCUUCCUCCUCCUCAACGAGCCCGUGGUCGACGCCAACGGCCAGCCUACCAGGGAUGCUCAGGGUCGCAUUGUCUACAAGGACCGGGACCCGACCACCGAUGGCAUGGAGGAUGCGUUCCUGGACGUGUGGGAGGCCGUUGCGAAUUCCCGACCGCUGGCGGAUUUCGUGGACAGGCGCACGGCCAAGGACGGCGAUUUGCUUGCUUCGCGAACACGCACAACGACGGACUUGUGUGUAUGA